CCAACCAAAUCGAUUAACUACCACUGCUUUUACAGCUGGUGCCAUCGCCAUGGGCGGUGAAGGCCCGUGCUGGCUGUGCGAGGGCCGCGACAGCCGCGCCUGUGUCAUUUGCGGGCCGGUGGCGACCAGCACCGAGGGGCCGAGUGGAGAGAAGCUCUUGGGCCAGGACGGGUGGUGUGCCUUGGAUGACUCCAAGGAUGAGAGGUUCGGUGGCUGGGUGCAGACCAGCACGGAGGAGUUGCAUGUGCAGAUCCUUCAAGAGGCUGAGGCCCAGCUGCAGCAAGGACAAGCGGAGGCCGCCUUGCAAAGCCUCCAGCGGGCGUUGCGCACAGGCGCGGCGCAGGUGGCAAGCUUCAGGACGAUAACAAGGAGCUGCCGAUUGGGAUGUUCCUUCCGCCGGAGGAUGCCGCAGGAGCUACACUGUUUGACUUCGAUGAUCCGCGCCAGGUGUCACUUGCUUCAGCAAGACUACACUGCUGUUGUGGAGGAUUGCAAGCAGUUUGGGAGGCUUGAGGAGGAGAUCUUGGGCACCAUGAGGGGAGAAGAGCUAAAGAAAGCUCAGGAGCAAGUGGGUUUGGCCGAGGUCGCUGCCUUCGUGCAGCGGCUCGGCUGUGCCGCGGAGAUCGCCGUCAACUGCCGGACCAAGGUCACGCAGGGCUUAGCCUUCAAGAUGGUCGUGGAUCAUGCUGAACGGGCGCUGAAAGGUCUGCAGCCGUGUCCUGAGCACCUCUUGGGACUGAAGCCUUUGCGUGCCCAUUUGCACCUCUCCCGUGCGCAAGCGUGCUUGGAACUGGAGCUUUGGACGAAGGCCAAAGAGGACGCUCUCGCUGCCUUGCGCCUGGACGCUGGCCUGCGAGAGGCGGAGUAUUUCGUCCGGGCAGCGGACGCACGCAGCUGGUGAAAGACA